AAAAUAUUGCAGUUGUAGUUUUUGAAUAUUCGUCGCAUAGUAAUACAGCAGAACACGUUUUCCCACUAGAUUUUGGGUUUCUUUAUUAGUGAUUGAACGUUUGAGGAGAAAACUCUGCGAAAUUCAUCAUCGUUUUUGUUGCUAGAUUACUUUCUAUUAUAGGUUAUUCCUUUUCGCUAUGGGGAAUUGAUAAUCUAAAAUUUAAUCAUUACUAUUUUAAAAAAAAGUUGUUCUUUUUGCUUUAAAGAUUCUAUUUUUUGGAUUGAAAUAGCGUUAAAAAGUUUGGUUUUCAGAAUAUUUUUCGUAUCGUUCUUCUUGGGCUGAAACUUUUUCUUCUUCAUCUGAUCAUCAGAGCCUUCUAUUGUCAGGUCAGCUAUUAUUAUUAUUCCAAUUCCAAUAUAUUUCUUUUAAUUGUUUUUUGAAUUUGAGAAUGCAGAUUGAGUUGGAUCAUCUGAACUUAGAAAAUACUUUUUGUUCUGCCGUGUUCAAUAAUGUGUUUGAUUUUAUUGAAGUAUUUGGUCUUCCUAAAUUCGAGAUUAAUUUUUUAGUUGGUAUUUGAAUGGGGUGACUUUGAAACCUUGUUAGUUCCCCACAUUUUAUUUGAUUCAUUUUUGAGGAAUGAGUUUCUUGGCUUUCGGUUAAGCUUCAUUUGGCUAUCUGUUCUCUAGAAGGUUGCAUACUGAAAUACAAUUUUUUGAUCGAAACUUCUACUACAGAUUGCUUCUUGUUUGUCGGUAUCAAAUUGUUUUGAUUUAACUUCUGAUUUCUUAAGAAGAAUAGAUGUGAGAUCAUAACUUUGAGAGAAACGAGGAUUUGAAAGUCAUCAAAUUCAACUGGACAAGUAUUAUGUACAAAGCCUAGGUUCGAAUGUCACCUUGUUUGCUUGUUAACUAGAGUUAUUGAAAUUGGGUUUGUUUAAUUUUCUUGAAACAAAUCAACUGGUUCUGGUAUGAACUGGUUCUCGUGAGUCCAAAUUCCAACUCUAAUUAUAGUUAUUAUUUAGACAAUUGUUUUAUCUAGUUAAUUUGUUGCACUGAAUACCAGUGCAGACAACAGAUUAUUUCUAAUUUACUGUUAUCUUGUUAUCUCUAUUUGUCUCAGUAAGUUAUUGCUUGAACUAAACUGGACUUUUGUGAGGUUUUCCUGUCCUGUCCGAUUUGUUAUAGUCAAGUGAACAGAAAAAACCUGUGCUCAAGUAUCAGUAGAUAGUUUCAAAUAGAAGAGAUAUAUAGUAAAAGGCGCUAGGUGAAGUUGUAUUGAGUAUAUCGAUAGGUAAAGGUUCACCUAAUGGGCUGGCUUAGCAAAAUCUUCAAAGGUUCGAACCAUAAAGUUUCAGAAAGGCGGUAUGAUUGGAGAUAUGGGGCAGAUACUGUAGAUAAUCAUCAAUCUAAUUCAUUGAAUUCUUUGUCAGAGACUGAAGAUAUGGACCGUGCUAUUGCAUUAUCUCUUUCGGAACAAGAUCAGAAAGGAAAAUCCGUGAUUGAUUGGGAGCCUCAAUUGAAAGAAGACGAAUUACUUGCCCGGGCCAUUCAAGAGAGUUUGAAUUCCGAAUCUCAGCCUGAAAUGUGGAGUAGAAAUGGAAAUGGAUACGGAUAUCGAUAUGGAUAUGAUAACCUUUACCAACCUAUAACUAUCCCUUAUUCCACCAGCUUCAGGAUUUGUGCUGGUUGUAAUCAGGAUAUUGGCUAUGGAAGAUAUUUGAAUUGCAUGAAUGCUGUCUGGCACCCGGAAUGUUUUAGAUGCCGUGGAUGUAACCAACCAAUAUCUGAUUAUGAGUUUUCAGUUUCUGGAAACAGUACAUAUCAUAAGAAUUGCUACAAGGAGGUUCAUUAUCCAAAAUGCGAUAUAUGCAGACACUUUAUUCCAACAAAUGCAGCUGGUCUAAUUGAAUACAGAGCACAUCCUUUCUGGUCUCAGAAAUACUGUCCUAGACACGAGCACGACGGAACUCCUAGAUGCUGUAGUUGUGAGCGAAUGGAGACAUGGGAUGCAAAAUUUGCAAUCCUCAAUGACGGCCGAAAGCUGUGCUUGGAGUGCUUGGACUCGGCUAUUAUGGAUACAAAUGAGUGCCAGCUCCUUUUUUACGAGAUACAGGACUUUUUCAAAGAAUUAAAUAUGAAAGUUAAUCAAAAAGUCCCGUUGCUCUUGGUCGAGAAGCAGGCGCUCAAUGCAGCCAUUGGCGAGGAGAGACAUGGGCAUCAUCACAUGCCUGAGACACGAGGCAUUUGUCUAUCUGAAGAACAAACAAUCAGCACUAUAUUGGGGCGCCCGAGGAUUGGAACUAGCAAUCGCGUGAGAACCGAACCUUAUAAGUUAACUCGCCAUUGUGAAGUGACGGCAAUUCUCAUUCUAUAUGGUCUCCCAAGGUUGCUGACUGGGACAAUAUUAGCUCAUGAGAUGAUGCAUGCUUGGUUGCGGCUGAAUGGUUUCCGGAACCUGGGACAGGACGUGGAGGAAGGCAUAUGCCAGGUCAUCGCGAGUAUGUGGCUGGAAUCACAGAUUCUGUCCAUGUCAGACAGCAACCAUCCGUCCACGUCAUCAUCGAGAAAAUCGGGCAGGUCUCCAUUUGAUAAGAAACUGAGCAAGUUUUUCAAACACCAGAUUGCAACAGAUACAUCUGCUGUGUAUGGGGAUGGGUUCAGAGCGGGUCAUCAGGCUGUGCUCAGGUUCGGGUUGCAGAGGACGUUGGACCAUAUGCGAAAGACAGGAAAGUUUCCUCAUUAGUAAAUAAAUAGUGACAGAUUAGUUUUUCUUUUUUUAUUAAUUUUUUGAUUGUUUUCUUUUUUUUUUUCUUUUGUAUAUUUUUUUGUAAAAUUUGGGGUUGGCCUUUUGAUUAUUUGCAAUUAAGGCUAGUCACUUGUCAAAAAGUUUGAGAAUAGGUUUAGGGGAUUGUUUUUGAAUUUUGUAUAGUUAGACUGGAGUCCUUNUUUUACGAAACGAUAGAUGAUAUUAUAGCACUCAAA